AUGGCUCGACAUCUAGAUGAAGAAGCCGCAGUUGAUCGAAAAUUGCUUGUUGACGAUGAUGACCAUUUUCAAAUUCCUCCUCCCAAAGGACCAGCAAUUACGAUCAUUGAGGACGGAAAGGUGGAAGAGGUGGUCAAUCCUCCAUUGUCCAAGUUUGGAUUCUUUUUGGUCUUCAUCGGGUUGUUGUUGGCUAUCUUCCUCGCAGCACUUGACCAGUUGAUUAUUGGAACUGCUCUUCCUGCGCUUGCAGAAGAGUUCAAUGGACUUUCUCAGAUAUCGUGGGUCGGUACGUCAUAUCUCAUGACUGCCAGUGCAAGUACACCAGUUUACGGCAAAAUGAGUGAUAUUUUUGGCCGUAAACCUACAUUCUUAUUCGCUAUCAUUACGUUUGAAAUCGGAUCUCUUAUUUGCGCAGUAUCAGUCAAUAUGAUAAUGCUGAUUGUUGGACGUGCAAUCGCCGGCGUUGGCUUGGGAGGUGUCUUCACCAUGGUCUUGCUCAUUAUUGCAGAACUUGUAUCUAUGCAAGAGAGAUCCAAGUAUCAAGGCUUGAUUGGAGCCGUAUAUGGUCUCUCAUCCGUGCUCGGCCCAAUUGCUGGUGGUCUCUUUACCGAGCACGUUUCUUGGAGAUGGUGCUUUUAUAUCAACUUACCAAUUGGCGCAAUCACCGUCCUCGUAGUGUCUCUCUUCCUGCAUCUCAAAUCUCCAGAAGGAUCCGUCAUGGCCAAACUCAGACGUGUAGACUUUUUAGGAAUCAUCAUCCUGAUUCUAGCAGUUAUAGCAUUCGUAACAGCCGUGCAAGGUGGUGGAACCAGUUUCGCAUGGAAUUCCGCAACUUCAAUUGCUCUGUUCGUGGUCUGUGGGCUACUUGUCAUCCUCUUCUUCAUAGUUGAGUUGAAUGUUGCUCCAGAGCCUAUUGUGCCAGCUGCCAUGUUUUCAAACAGAAGUGUAUAUGCUGGACUCGCUCUUGCCUUCUUUUUGGGGUCUGCUUUCUUUGGAUUGAUUUACUAUGUGUCUGUCUACUUCCAAGUCGUCAGUGGUGAUACUCCCUUAAUGAGUGGUCUACAUCAACUACCAGGUUCGGCUGGUGUCGUAGCAUUCAGUAUAAUCUCUGGACUUGUCGUCUCGAAAACUGGUCAAUAUGUCCCCUUCUCGAUCUUUGGAGGUUGUGUUGCUGUUAUCGGCACCGUAUUUUGUUCUCUCUGGACGCUUGAUACUUCGACAACAGUCGAGUAUGUGGGCCUAUUUGUAUUUGGUGUUGGAAUUGGAUCAAACAUUCAAGUAAGAGUAGUCGCAGUCCAAAAUGCUGUGGAGCCAAGGUUUAUUGGUGUUGCAACUGCAUUGUCGACCUUCUUCCAAACGCUGGGAGGAGCCGUUGGUGUUGCCGUACUCGGAGCCGUAUUUAACAACUCUCUGAGCUCCAACUUGGCAAACUUAUUGCCAUCGGCUAUCGUCAGUCUGGUUAUUGAACAGCCCACACUAAUAAGAACGCUAGUGUCGGCUGAUCUUCAGCCGGCUGCUCUACAGGCAUUCAAUUCUUCCAUCACGCUUGCGUGGAAGGGCUGGCACACUGCUAUCUGCCGUCUUCAUCAAGCAAACGUCUUUGAGUGCCAGACAUUAAUAUCUCUGAGUCUUGGAUCUCUUGGACUUGGGUUUGUGCACAAACAAGAUGCAAAUCAACUCACAAACAAGAAUAACUGUAAACAACACGGAAACAUGUAUAACAACCUGUCUGCUUCCUCAUCGUAA